GCUUGGGCCACGCUCGCGUGGUUCGACAGCGGCGCGCCGAGGCGUGGAGCUUCAUGAGCUUCACGAGCCGCAGCUCUCCAGCUAAAGGUCAAUCUUCUCUUUUCUGCUCUUUGCCAAUUGAUAUCGCCCGCCACUCGGGUCACGUGUUGCCGUAAUCCUCCCUCCUCGCUCGUCACCACCUGCCUCCUACCAUCCCGAGGCGUCAUGCCAUCGUAAGAUAAAAAUCCCGAAUCUUGGUGGUGCGCUAGCAGCAACGCGUCGGGCUGGCGGCUAUUGCGCGCCGACGGUAGUCAGCCUGCGCAACAAUGGAUACUACACCAAGGAAUAUAGUGAUAGUGGGUGGCGGCGUCAUGGGCUGCACCACCGCCUACUACCUCACCCGUCACCCCAAAUAUAAUCGCGAAAUCCACACCAUCACCAUCGUCGAAGCCGCAGGCAUCGCCUCUAGCGCCUCGGGCAAGGCCGGCGGCCUCCUCGGCCUGUGGGCGUAUCCGGAAGAGACCGUCCCAUUAUCCUACCGCCUUCAUCGCGAGCUAGCCGACGAACACGACGGCAGUGUGCGCUGGGGCUACCGUCGUCUCCAGGGCUGCGGCACUAUACGCGUCAACCUCCAGGACCCGCAAGGUGCGGUAGAUGGCUCGCUGCCGCCCGACGAGGAUGGUGGUGGCAGCGCCAAGGGGCGUGCUGCCAAGAAGAGCAAGAAGCGCAAGAGAGACACAGCAAGCUCCUCGACUAGACCGAGACCUGAUACGACCGAGCCGCCGUCCGAGGCAACGUCUCGCAGUCCCACUACGCCCCCUUCGCAACUUGAAAAGACACAGCAAGCGCAAUCUACCCUCCAGACUCCGAUACCUCCGCCGGUUGCAUCAGUGCAGGAGGCAGCCCUGACACAGCCAAAGCCCCAGCAGCCCGAGUCACAGCAGGCAAAACCACAACACUUGGAAGUACAACAGUUCCAAGUGCAGCACCUUGGCUCACACAGUCCAAAACCGCAACAUCCUGAGCCGCAAAUAGACAUCAACCCAGAGGCGCAGCGGCGACAGCAACCGUUGGAGCAGCAGGUGGAACAGAUGCUUCGGCAGCAGGAAGAGCAAGAUGUCGGUGAUAAGCCCGUGCCCAUCGCCGUUCUUUUCGGUCGCAAAACGGGCUCUUGUACGCGAUGGAAGUCUAUAUAUAGAUACUCGAAUGGCGACGUCAUCUAUGGCCCCCGAGGCCAUCCUCAAAAUAGCAGCGGCGCCCCCACGGAUCCAAAAAUAGCAUUCCCGGAUAGGACAAUCAUUGCCCCUUGCUCUGGGCCUGGCCGCCAACAUCUGUCAACAACUCAUCAGGAAGCGCCUUAUAAGACUCACGAGCCGAAUCCGAAUGGAAUUUCUGCCCCGACUGAGACUACCCACCCACACGGUAUAAGCAUCAGCAACGGUAAAGAUGUAUUACAGCCUUCCGGCGCUCCUCCCAGGACGGACAAGGAAGCCGACCUAGGCCCGAAUGCGCCGAAUACGAACGGGAUUGUGCCACCGACGACCGAGCCCAACCAUGUGACAGAGAACGGGGUGUCCCAUGACAAACCAGGCCGAGAAGGUGCGGAGGGGGCUGUUUAUGGACAACGCCAGCCGCCGGCCCACAAUGCCACCAAAACGGUUGAUAGCGGGCCAAACGGCAGACCCAUCGAGACCCUGGAUGAUGCACCGAGCAUAUCCGACGGCCUCUCCGUGACAGUCAUGGUUGGCAGCAAAGAGGUGGACAUGGCGGGGCCCCAAAACGGGACCCCGGACGAGUCCGCUGAUGUUCACAUAAGUACGGACAACGGCCCUACGGAGCCCAAUGACGACGAUUGUAUCCAUGUUCGUGGAGCCAGCAGCGAAGGCUCAACGCAGAAACCCUGGCACAAGGUUCCCAAACUGGGCGAGACGGCGGCGGCGUCACUGACAGAAGUCCCGCUUCCCACGGAGCUUGACUGGGUAAAGCGUGAUAUGGUGUCGGCAUGGGAGGAGCAGGGAUACUCGGGUCGCCACGAGACGGCCCAGGUGCACCCGUACCACUUCACGACGUCGAUGGCCGCCCUCGCACAGGAGCGGGGCGUCAAUGUUCGUCUUGGAACCAAGGUGACAAGAAUUAUCACCUCAGCUGGUGCGUCCAACAGCAAACCCUCGGGCAGCGGCGGCGGUGCCGUCGUCCGGGCCGUGGAGCUUCUCGACCGCAAUCGCAACAACUCAUGGGUCAUAGAGGGCGUCACCGACGUCCUGGUCACGGCAGGGCCAUGGACCUCGACCCUGCUUCCGCAGUCCAAGGUCAGGCCGGUGAGGGCGCACAGUGUCGUGUGGGAGGCUGAUGUCAGCCCCUUUGCCGUCUUCACCAGCAUCACGUUGCCGGACGGAUACGUCCCGGCUCACCGGGCCGCGAAAGGCGAGAAGAGGAAACACAGCAGAGUCGAUCCCGAGGCCUACGCGCGGCCUUUUGGCGAGGUCUACGCGUGUGGCGAGAUUGACGAGCUUGUGCCGCUCCCGCCGACUGCGGACAUGGUCGAGGCCGACGAGAGCCUAUGCGAGGAUCUCAUCGCGUACCUAGGCCUCGUGUCGCCCCAGCUCGCCUCGGCCCCCGUCAAGGCCCGCCAGGCCUGCUACAUGCCCGAGCGAAAGCCGCACCCGGUCUUCGGGCAGACACUGACGCCCGGGCUCUGGGUGGCUGCGGGACACAGCUGCUGGGGGAUCCAGCACGCCCCCGCCACGGGCCUGCUCAUGGCCGAGAUGAUGAUGGACGGCCGCGUCUCGAGCAUCGACCCCGGGCUCAUUGCCAAAUUUGACCCGAGGAAGGCGAAGAUAUGAAUGGGGAUGGCUGCAUAUAAUUCCCUGUCAAAGGGGCAAGGACGUCCUCCAGCGCGUCACUCCAGGGGCUGUCUGCGGGAUAUGCUGGGCCCGGAAUGGGCCGGGUCACGCAGUCUCCUUUUUAUUUGAACAGUUGUCCGUGUUUGUAGUAGAUUUGCUGCCAAUCUCGGGUCAACUCGCCUGUCCAACGGGCUUUUUUUUUUCUUCUUUUUUUUUUGUUUGCGAGGUGCCUGCGGCCAAGCGCGCAAGAUGUGUACAUACAGACGUCAUUUAAUGGCAUGCAACGCGGGUAUGCAUGCUAGGAGGCAUCAUGACUGCUGAGAGCAGGUGAUUUCUUGGUGUAACGGGGAACCCAAUAAGCUUUUCUUUCCUCAAGACACGUCCCAUCCUACUUUGGGUGAUGUGUGGAUGCAUCAAAGGGCUGGGUUUAGCGUUGAGACGUCACGUCACGUUCCAAACCACUUGACUGGUCUUUGUUGCCCUGCGUAUCGCAAACAAAGAGUUUUAACUGUUGGCCAAUUUUUAGAAACAAAAGCUCGGGUCAAAGACCCCCCUUAUAACGACUUCUCAAUCUCCAUAAUCUCCUUGGUCCCCUCCUCGAUGGCCGA